GUUUGGCAUCGUCUGCACAGGUCGUCCUCAGUCAGAGAGGCCCGUGGGCACCGCUGAAGACCUACUUCUGCAUCCUUUCAGACUCUCAGAAAACAUGGCUCCUCAUUUCAGGAGUCGGGAUUGGCCCUGGACGUUGGCAGGAUGUUUAACACGUAUGAUUCUCUUCACAUCACUCUGUGCUCCAGCUCUCGCUCAGCUGGAUUUGAACAGAUUAGAUGGCGACACGGUGUGCCCAACCAUGAAGAAUGGACAAGAUGACCUUCCAGGGUUUGAUCUGAUCACACAGUUUCAGCUGGAUGUGAUCCCUAUGAAGGGUGUCCGGAAGGUGGAAGGAUCUACACCCCUCCAGGUGGCGUACAGACUCGACCGAGAAGCCAACUUCCAGAUUCCAACCCGGCUGAACUUUCCAAGAGGCUUCCCGGAUGAGUAUUCCUUCAUGACUACCUUCCGCAUGAUCAAGAACACGGUGAACAAGGUGUGGAACCUCUGGCAGGUGGUGGACGAGGACGGACUGAAGCAGGCCGGGAUGCGUCUCAACGGGGAUCAGCAGGCCCUGGAGUUCUUCCUCACCACCCUGGAGGGAGAUGUGCAGACCGUCACCUUCCCGGGCCUUUCCGUGCUCUUCAACACCAAAUGGCACAAAGUGAUGGUGGGCGUGGAGAAGGAGCUGGUGACGCUUUAUGUGGACUGUCACCAGGUAGACCAGAAGGAGAUCAAGAGGAAAGGUUACGUUAACACCGAGGGAGACACGCUGAUCGGGAGGCUGGAUUCAGACCCCAACACUUCUGUAGUGUUUGAGCUGCAGUGGAUGCUGAUUCACUGUGACCCAAAGAGAGCUCAGAGAGAGAGCUGUACCGAACUUCCCCUGGCUGAGAUGUUUGCCAAUGCUGAGCCGGAUCCCAAACCAAUCCCUGGUCCUCCUGGUUCUCCUGGUCCUGAAGGGCCUCGUGGUCCAGCAGGAGAAGAUGGCAGAGACGGAAGAGAUGGUAUUCCAGGCACCCCAGGUACCCCUGGAGCUCAGGGCAGUAAAGGAGAUCGAGGAGAGGUUGGUCUGCCGGGACAGAGAGGACUGCAGGGGGCUCUAGGACCAGUGGGACCAAUGGGCCCCAUGGGACCUCGAGGGCCAGUGGGAGAAAGAGGUCUCCCUGGUUUCCCUGGACCUGCUGGACCCCCUGGACCAGAGACCGUUGGGCCUCCAGGUCUUCCAGGGAAAGCCGGCACUCCAGGAGAUGAAGGAAACAUCGGGCCAGAGGGUCCUCCUGGACCAAAAGGCACAAUUGGGCUCCCAGGACCACCAGGCCCACCAGGACCAGCAGGACCAGCAGGGCCACAAGGUGCUGGGAACCCUGAGGGAAGUGGGGAGACUUGCCAGACAACGUGUCCAGCUGGUCCACAGGGACUACCCGGUCUGCCAGGAAUGAAGGGACAUCGUGGUCUUUCCGGUGUGGACGGAGUGCCAGGCAUCCAAGGUGAAAAGGGAGAACGAGGGACCGCUGGAGAGCCAGGUCCUGCUGGACGGCCAGGAGAUGACGGUCAGCGAGGGCCAAUAGGAUUCACUGGACCCCAUGGUGAUAAAGGAGAUCGGGGUCCUCCUGGAUUCAAUGGCAUCCCAGGACCCACCGGGCCACCAGGAUCACCGGGUGUUGAAGGCAUCAGAGGGCGAGAGGGACAUCCUGGGCCUAAAGGGGAUGAUGGUGCGAUUGGAGCUCCGGGAGAGAAGGGAGCUGCUGGUGUUAAAGGUGACACUGGUGAGGCAGGAAACCCAGGAUCUGAUGGAGAGCCAGGAGUUACAGGAGAGAAGGGAGAACCAGGCCUGCCCGGAGCCAUUGGUGUCAGAGGAAUUGUGGGAAUUCCAGGUUUGCCAGGAAAACAGGGACUGGUGGGACCGGCAGGCCAAAAGGGAGAAACAGGCGCUGAAGGAGCAACUGGUCCAGUUGGGCUUCCUGGUAAAGAUGGAGCAGUUGGACCAACAGGAGAAGAUGGAGCUCCUGGAGCCAAAGGAGCCACUGGUGAAACAGGAAAGCAGGGCCCAGUUGGCCCAACGGGUCAACAAGGAAUCCAGGGAGAUAAAGGAGACCACGGCCUCAUGGGUCCUCGUGGAAUCAAGGGUCACACGGGUCAUAAAGGAGACCAGGGCCCGUUGGGUCCCGUCGGUCCUAAAGGAAGUGAGGGAGAUCCAGGUGUUCCCGGAGAUCCAGGCGUGAAGGGGGAUCAGGGGCCUACGGGUAUUCCUGGAAUCAAGGGAGAGCGUGGAGAGAAAGGCCAGAGAGGAGCUACAGGUGCUGAUGGGCGUCCAGGACAGCCGGGUCAUGAGGGUCUGACUGGACCGCAGGGAGCCAGGGGUCUGGAGGGGGAGCGAGGACUGGUGGGACCUCCUGGUCCCAGAGGUCUACCUGGGCCCAAGAUCCAAGACGAGAAGAUCCGUGAUAUCUGUUCAGCUAUUGUUGAGGAACAUUUAGAUGCCUACAAGAAGGAACUAGCCAAGAAACCUCUUCCACUUGGAGCCCCAGGAACCCCUGGACUGAUGGGGCCACCUGGCCCCCCCGGACCUGCAGGUCCUGCUGGAGAAGCCGGACCAAGAGGAGUCAUGGGUCUCAAGGGACCUCAAGGAUACUACGGCCUUCCUGGAAAGCCAGGCGCCAAAGGUGAUUCAGGACAAAAAGGUGACAAGGGAGAUAAUGGGAUUGGAAUUCCAGGACUUCCUGGAGAACCUGGACCUCAAGGACCAGCUGGCAAGCCUGGCAUUGGUAAAGAUGGUCAGGAUGGUGCCAAAGGAGAGCCCGGUGUGAAUGGGACCCCAGGAACACCUGGAGCAAGAGGAGCCACUGGUGCACCUGGUCUUUGCGAUCCUUCAAACUGCUACAGGCCUCAACCUCUUUAUCUGCUUGGUGGCAAAAAGUCUGUCAACAUCAAGGGUCCAUGAACAGAACAAUAGAAAUAUCCUAGAAACCUUCAUCACAGUCAUCAGGAGCUCAGAGUCAGUCCCUUUCCGAAAAACUUGAGACUUCAAACGGCGAGUAAAACAAAUGUGACAGUUGUAUAGAGACGUACGGAUGCAGCUUCUGAUGGUGGAUCCAAUUUACAUGGUUUAUUGUUGUACCUUGUACAUAAACUAGAAGAAAAUGUGUUUGUCCUGUCAGAUGGUUUACAGUAAAUUGCAGAAAUAAAUUAAUUGGAAAUUGACGUUUCAGUUCUUGGGCCACAAUCUGGUUAAAUAAAUGGGAAACUAAUUUGCAAACCAGUACAUGCUAUACAAUUACAGUUCUGCAUGUUUAAUAAUGUCAUAAAACGUGAUUUACAAAGACCAAUGUUUGACAUGGUGCCAGACAUUAAGCUAUGCCAACAGAACGACAGUGUGAUCCAGCAGGGCAGCCUGGAAUAAAAGCUUUUCACCACCAUGCAAA